AUAAUAUGGUUUACUAAUUUAACUUUUCUGCUAUUGCCAACGGGUAAAUUAAUGAAGUGAUAUGUGUUUUAAGAGUGUAUAUAAAGAUUUAUGAUAUUAGUUUUAUCAAUUCUUUACAUAAAGUGGUUGAAGUAAGUGAACUCGGUAAAAAUAAACGGAGGUAUUGUCAUUAUGGAUCAAGAUAAAUCCGAAGGCAGUUCGAAUGCACCAAACCCUGGAAAGAGGCCACGGCCGUUUUUAUUACAGCCAUGUCCCAAGAUAGCUCGAUUGUCCAUGUACGACAAACCAUCAACCAACUGCCAGAAAAGUCCUAGGACCAGUGUGCCAAAGAAGAAUAAACUUUCAUAUAAUAUUAGUGAUGUCCCAGCCUCUGGCACUCCUGUGCCAGAGAAACGGGUUCGUAAGGCUGGACCGUAUCUUUUAGGGCCUAAACUGGGUCCGAGUCCCGUGAAAAGUAUAGUUCAAUGUUUGGCUAGAAAAGAAAAGACUGAUGAUUUUUAUCAAAUAAAAAUUUUGACUUUACGACAUGAAGAUCAAGCUGAGACACAGGAUGAUAGGCAGGGGAAGAUGUUACUGCACACUGAGUAUUCUUUAUUAUCACUAUUGAAGGAUCAAGAUGGAGUGAUACAUCACCAUGGACUAUUUAAGGAUUAUGCUUUAGAGGAAGCUCCCAGCUACUUUGGAUCUAACCGAGCAUACAAAGGUAGUGGAUCUGGCCGUAUCUACACAGGCCGUGUCCGGGAGAGGCUCUUUCUAGUACUUGACUGUGUAAAUGCUCACCAGUUUAGUGAGAAAGGCAGUGAGCUCAUCAAUCUCCAGCAAUAUGUAACAAAAGUUAAGAAGGUUCCAGAAAAGGAGGCACUUUUGAUCUUCUAUGAUAUUGUGAGGGUUGUUGCCAACAUGCACAAGAGAAAUGUUGUGCACCGGGAUCUGAAGUUGGGCAACAUUGUGUUGAACCAAAGAACUGGCCGCAUCACCAUCACAAACUUCUGCCUUGGGACUCAUCUGGGCAGUGACAGGGAUUUGUUGAAAGAUCAAAGAGGUUCCCCAGCCUACAUAUCCCCAGAUGUUCUAAUGUGCAAACCAUACCUUGGCAAGCCAUCAGACAUGUGGGCGUUGGGGGUUGUGUUGUACACCAUGUUGUAUGGCCAGUUUCCAUUCUGCGACACCAGCCUCGCGCAGCUGUUUAGUAGGAUACAGGCAGCCAGUUAUAAUAUACCGCCCGACGGUAACUCAGUUCAAGUUUCGGACAGCACCGUCUUCCUUAUCCAGAGGUUGCUGGUGAAAGACCCGAAACACAGACUGCUGGCAGAUGAAGUGCUAGACCAGCUAUCGAGCAUCAUAGCCAGCUCAGUGAUAGUCCCGAGCAUCCCCGACGAUCUGCAAGUGGUGCCUGAGGUGGUGCUCGAAGAAGACAAGGUCAAGGAGAAACCUGAGGAGAGUAAGGCGCUCACUCCAGUACCGGACAGUGCAGAGAGAGUGCAGACUGCUAGUGAGGAUGUCGGCGUAUACUGCGUCCCCCUGCCGGACUUUCUAGCCCUGAACUUCCCAUCAAGUUCGAGUCAGGCGAGCGCCCAGACGCAGACCGGCGACGUGACGUCGCCCGCGCAGGGCCAGCGCCAGAUCACCGUGCAGAGGAUAGGCCGCGACGCGAGGCCUCUCAACCAUUCGGAAAUUGCCAGGUACCAACACAUGUUCACAAACAACCAAUCCCGAGAGCGGACGGAACCGCCCCGACAGAACUUCGUCCCCGAACCUCGGCCAGAGAACUCUAGGCUCCGAGCUUUAGCCCAAAGGAUCCCCCGGCUCAACCCCAUAGUCGCCAGCACCUCCGGACAGUCUACUUCGGGCACUUCCACCGACUUCCGGGUCAUCCCGUGGUCCGAAAGAUCCAGGCUGCAAUUUGAUAGAUCACUAGACCAAGACUAUGUUCUUAGGUUACCGCUUCUGGAACUUGCUAGAUUGCCACACCACACCGCAAACAGGAUCCUGAAUCCGCCGCCGGUGCAUACAGUGAAUUUAGAGUCGGUUAUGAAUAACCCGAGACCGCCUGCUGAUAAUAACGAGUUAGAUUAUAAUUAGAAAAAUAUUUCUGUCAAUAGGACUUGGAAUUUAAUUGAUGUUUUUACUUAUUUUACUCCAACUGUGCAACUACGUAGCUGUAGUGUUGGUAGUGGGUCUGUUACAAAUUUGAUAUUACCUAAUAUGUUAGUGUAUAACAUAUGAACGCUCAGAAUUAGUAGUCUUGUUCUAGCCUAUUUUUUAUCAAUAUGUGCAUAUUGGGCCUCAAAUAAGUGUAUACCACACUUAUUUGAGGCCCAAUAUAAUGCAUUGUGUAUACAAGAAUUUACGAACAAGUGUUAAUUUUAUUUUUUUCUUGUACCGCCCGUGGCACACAAUGUUUUCAUCACACUUGUGAGGAAAAUUUAAAUUGUAAGCGAAAUAAUUCUUAAAUGCGGGGACAUUUCAAAUAUUCGUUCACCAUAUGGUAAUUUUUUGUGUAGAAAUAUUUUAAAGGGCUAUUAUAAUCCAGUAAGUUUGUCGCCUUUUGUAAUUAAUUAAACCUUUGGGAAACAAACAGGCAAAAGAAAAAAAAAAAAACACACAUAGUAAUGGGGUUCGUUUGCGUCAAAUCCGGUUCUCAUUUUUUUGUUUAUGAUGCUGGUUCAAAGAAUAAUCCAAGUUUGUGAGUUUGUAACCUUGAGUGCCGAACGCAACUUUGUAAAAAAAUCGAAAAAACCUCGAAAAUCUCUGUUUUUUUCAAUCCAUGAUGAAUCCGUUUUAAUAUUUUCAUCAACAAACCAAGCAUUUUCUUCCAAAACAGUGACAUUUGAUGACAGAAUGGGACUACGCAAAUUUUAAUUUUGGCGAUUUGUCCUCUUCGUUACGUUUUAUAAGCAAGUAAGUUCUGAAGGAAUAUUUGUGUUAAGGUCUAGUUCUGAUGAUGAGUUCCAUGAGGUCCCAACUUCUCAAAUCUUGAUAGCUUCACAACCAGACCAUGAAACUAGAAGCGUGCCCAAAGCGCAAACAUGUUUAGUAACAUGACAGUUUGGCCAGACAGGGACGAGUCUCGCAGAAUGAUGCAUCACUCGUAAGAAAAACUAAAAAUUUAAAAAUAAAAUUAAUCUUAGAAAAAAAUAAAACAGACUUAAAAAUAAUAACAUAUAAGCUAGCAAUUGAUACGUUUGAAGUCGGUGCCAAAUCAAAUACUCACAAUAGUGGUUCUUUCUUUCUUAUUGAACUAUACCAGGUUUGGCUCUCGGGUUGACGACGUGUUCAGACGUAUCAGCUGCUAGCGCAUAUAAAACAAGAUGAUAUUUUAUUUUAUCCUUUUUGUCAAGUCGGUUUUACUUUUUUUGUGGCAUAAUGUUCAUUCAUACAUUCCUACUAACGGGUAUGCGAAGUCCCGACUGUAACCGUGAAAUCCAUUUGUCGUCAGCAGUCUUCCAUUAUGAGAAAUAAGGAUUGUUGAUGAAAGCCAAUUGCAGAUAGCUCUCCUCUAGAGCACCCUAUUGAGUACUUUUCACAAAAAUGAAUUAAAAUAUGGCCUAUGGUUGACUGGUAGAGUAUGCAUUUAGGCCGCCAUUUGUAUUUUUUUUGUAUUUUGUACAAUAAAGUUUAAAUAAAUAAAUACAAUUACUUCCCGCCAUACAAAUUUAGCUUGUGUCAGUAUUCAUCGUUGGGAAUUUAAUUUCGACAAUUGCCUUCCCCAUUUCAAAUAACGGAAUUCGAGCAAGCUAUGGGCAAAUGUGUGCAUUCAAAAUUCCAAUCAUAUCGGAAUGAAAUAGGUUGAUCUAUAGGUAAUCAGCGGUAUAUAAUCUUACAAAUUACUAGCUAUUUUUAUAUUCAUUGUUAUGUUAUAGUUAACAUACUUUUUACAUCGUUUUAAUUUAAUUAGUUUAGGACCUGAUAAGUAAUAUUCUAGCAAUGCAAAGUUUGUAUUACUUAAUAUGAUUCGUCCACGUUUAUAUUACAUACAUUAAACAUUUAAGUUUGCCAAAUUACAUGUAUUAUAAUAUAAAUUUUAACAUUAAAUUUCUAAGUAUAAUGUAUGAUAGUCUACAACGUAUCUAGGUAACGGUUUUUCUCUUUUAAGAUACAAACAUAUGUGUUAUAGUCUUUCGUUUUUGAACUGAGCUCCUCAAAGGAGUAUUCAGUAUUGUGUUUAAAACCGCAAACGGUAGGCGCCAUAAAAAAAGGGUUCAGGACGUUAUUUAAUAUUUGUCAAUUAUCAUCUCUAUAGUUUUAGGCUGUAGAAACAUAAUGGAUUGUACUAACCAGCGGUAGCAUCUACCUCGAGUGCCACGCACUUUCUCAACGCGUUUCGUCCAUCCGCUACAACUACUGAUUGUUCAUUAUGAAUCUACUCCAUCCGCUACAACUACUGAUUGUUCAUUAUGAAUCUACUCCAUCCGCUACAACUACUGAUUGUUCAUUAUGAAUCUAAUCCGUCCGCUACAACUACUGAUUGUUCAUUAUGAAUCUACUGGCUUACACCAUAGUGUUGAUAAUUGAUAAACAUUAAACAUCGUUACGACCCCUAUGAACGAAAAUCGUGUUGGUUUUAAUCAAUAUAUCGUUACGACCCUUUUUUUUAACGCAUUUCCGGUUUGUGGUUUUAAACGCAACUCUCUGGACGUCGGAAAUGUCUCGUUUUAAGGGAAAAGUAGCAUUCAUAUGAAAGCGUCAUAAAUAAUGGCGUCAGGCCUGUAGCACAAGUUAUAGCUUGCUUGAGAAGGAUACGAUUAUAGUCUAUAGAAUAUUUAGUUGACAUUUGACAGCCUAUGGGAAAGUGUCCCAAUCUUAGGAAUUGCUUGUUGAAGAAGGCUGUAUGUUGUUUAAUGUAUAUGUACAUUUUUAGAUAAAAAAUAGGAAUUAAUCAUCUAUUACAUGUGUACUUGUACAAAUAAAAUGGUUUAUGUUGUAA